AUGCCCCGUUUGGAUCCGUGGAAAGAAGCAUUAUUAUUAUCGAUUACUACUGGUAGCAGACCUUUGGUUGAAUUUAUACUUCAACUGUUUUGUGAGUUUCCAGGCGAGGAAUACAAAGCCUAUGGAAAAGAUGUUCAUGAAAAUUACGCGGUAGAAGAAAUCUUUGUAAAGUAUGACUACAUUAUUUUAAAUUACCGGUUACUACCUCAGCGGCGCCAAGGCGAAUUGAUAUCUUUCCGAAAUUCUCUUCAAUCGUCUGCAAAGAAAACCUUGACAAGACAAGUGUUGUGGGCUCAGUUAUGGUCAGUUUUAGCAGCCCGGAACUCGCCGACUUUUCCACCACAUAUGACACCAUUGAUGCUAGCUUGUAUAUGUAACAACUUCGCGAUAGUAGAGUGUCUUCUUUUAAGAGGGCAUUCGAUUGAUCUACCCCACAGAGCUGACUGCGGGUGUUGUGAAUGCUUAAGUGGAAAAGUUACUUUGGCUUCAAAGUUAGCUAAGCUUGAUACAUAUAAAGCUAUCUGUAGUGAUGCGUUUUUGUGGCUCGGUUGUCCUGAUCCUUUACUUGCAGCAUGUCAGCUUAGCAAGGAUAUGGAAAUUGGCCUUAGUUUUGAGCAAGAAUAUAAAGAAUGCUAUCUACGUUUGCAGACCAGUGUAUCAGCUUUCAGCCUGAGUGUUGUAGAACAAUGCUGGAACACUGAAGAAGUUAAUUUAUUGCUAACUCAAAAGCAUGGCGUUACAGUUGCUGAAUGUGACGCAAAAAUACCGAGAGUUCGACUUGCGCUCGAUUGUCAUAUGAAAUAUUUCUUGAGUGGUUUAAGUGUUCAAAAUGCUGUAAAGGACUUGUGGGUUGGUGGUUGGAAGGCGGGUGGUCAGAGUUGUUGCGCUCAGUUUUUCAUGAUAUUGAAACAUACGGUCGGUUAUCCUGUGUUUGCCACUCUUCAUGCAAUAUCUGCUGGUCAGUGGUGUGCAUCUUUCAAUUGUCCUAAGGCAAGCUAUGUAGUUUUUCUGGGCAUGUUAAUGUAUCUUCGUUACCCCGGUAGAGUUGGAGAGGAUGCAGUCAAACGUACUUUGGAUAAUACUUUAACAUCUUUUGUUUUGGAGUGCUACGUGUAUUUAUAUGCAUUUGGUAUGCUUGCUGGUCAUUACCUGGGAAUGGUUUAUAGAGGAAUGAUCAGAUUUUACGAAAUGUGGUGGCGAUGGUUUGAUGUAAUAUUUUUCUGGCUUUUCUUUGGGUCGUUCUUCUGCCAUCUCAUGACUGCUGUAGCAGUCGCUCAAGAUGGACUGGCGCGAAUUCACCGCAAACAUUGGGUUUUUUAUGAUUUUUCACUGAUUUUUGAUAUAUAUUUUGGUGGCGCUUGUAUAAUGGCCUUUUGGCGAAUAUUUUAUUACGUACAGUUGAAUCGCAGUAUUGGUUUGAAAGUGAUAUCUAUUGGACAUUGCGUCUAUCAUGUUGUCACUUUUCUUUGGAUUAUGGCAAUUGUUACUUUGUGUUUCGCUGUUGGCAUAAAUAUGAUUUAUGAAGCGUAUUCCGGUAACGAGGUUCUUUCUUCUGAUGGUCCGGUUAAAAUGAGAAACACUUUUUCGAACAUGAUUACGACUUUUCGAAUACUUUAUUGGGCCUUUUAUGGAUAUUUGGGACCCUGGGAUUACUCACUAGUAGUUGGUAAUGCUGGGCCUCAACAAGUUGAAGUCAAUCAUUGGUUUACUGUGUUAGCUGGUGAAGUUGUUGUCGGGAUUUACCAUAUUGCUGUUAUUCUUGGAUUAGUCAAUCUUAUGAUAUCAUUUUUGGUACGCACAACAGAUGAAGUGCAGGAGAAUGAGGACAUAGAGUGGAAGUAUACACGUUGCCAUAUCUAUGCGGAGCAUCUCGAGUGGUAUGCUGCUGUUCCACCGCCAUUCAACUUAAUCCACAUUUCUGCUGUCUUUAUUUAUCGUUUUUUGAAGUCAGACGAGUUUCUUUGUAUUUUCCCAGUAAGUAUUUUAGACUCGCAAAAUGCGGUGAACAUUGAAACACGGCAAAGAGUUGGUCCUGAACCUAUCCUAGCUUUUAUGAACAAGGAUGGCGGUGACACUCAAAAUUAUGGCGAAAUGGCGACGGAAUCUUUUUAUGAAGUGGAGGGCUUGCUACGAAACAACAGUGGCUCCUCGUGGUUCGCUGUAAAUGAAGAAGACGGUCUUCCUAGUGGUGGAAGCAGCCGGUUAAAUUCGAUUAUGGACGAAGAAGGAUAG